AUGGCGACAACAACUGAUGAAUACCCUCGUCAUGCGGUCCCUACUGACUCCUCCUCAAAUGGAACUCCGAAUGGGAUGAAUAGACAAAAUGAUCCUUUUGCAACGGAGACCCCACCAUCGCACCCUCAUCCCCACCGCUUUUCGUCCUUCGAUACCCAGCUUUUCGCCUUGAAUCAUCCAUCAUCGUCUCCUGCGCAAGCGAAGAGGGCAUUGGAGGCUCACAUGGCAGAGACGGACCGGAGGAUUCAGGAAACCUCAAAGCUCGGCACGACGCUGGUGCAGCAGCGAGUGAAUUUGGCACAACGACUACGGGAUGUGGGAUCGCAAGAGGAGGAGGCCCAUAUCAGUCCUGAGUUACGGCAGAAGCUGAUCGAGAUUGAGAGAGAAUACAAUGAAGUUGGACGACAAAGUGCUAGGGCAUUCCUGGGUCCCAAGUCGGAAGCAGUCGGAGAGGGAUCGAAUACCCCCUUUGCCUUGGAUGGCAGGAAUCCCGCAAGCCCUACAAAGUUUUCUAGCCAGGCCACUGAUUCGCCAUCUAAGCUCAAUGUCCCAAGAAAACAAAGAAAUCAGGCGUCGAAAACGGAUGACAUUGACUUUGCAGCCGAGAUCAGUACAUCACUCUUAGGACAAGUACGGCAUUUGCAAGCGGUCCUAUUGGAGCGCGAUGAGACAUUGAAGGCCGUGCAAUUGGACAAAUCGAGGCUCGAGCUUGAGGCGGAGGGGUUUUCACAACGUCUUCGAAGUCUGGACGAAAGUGAGCAGCGGUACAAAGACGAAAAUUGGAAUUUGGAAACCCAGCUUCAAGAGACAAACGCAGCGAACCGAGACUCCGCCAGCAGGGCACAAAAGCUGCAACAAGUACUGGCUGCUACCACAUCUGAGAAGAACGCUGCACAGAGUGAGCUGGACCAUCUUAGACAAGAUCACAGCAGAGUCACGGAGGAUUAUGCUGCUGUGCGCAAGACCCAUGAAUCCGAGCUCGCUAGUCUACGAAGGAGCGUGAAUCUGGGCGAGAACGAAAACGAGACUCUGCAGCGCAAGAUCGAAGAGCUGACUUCUCAAAAUCGGGAACUAGCCAACGGACUUGCCGGCCGCUUCAGAGAUGAGGAGACCGAGCCAGAGGCGGACACUGGCGCGAAGUCUGAAGAAUAUCCGUUCGAUUUGUCUGAACGAGAGCACUCGCCUCCUCCUUCACCCACAAAAGGCGUCCACAGGCACUCUAUGUUGGAGUCAGAGACGUUGAAAAGCUCUCUAAAUCAUGCCCACAGGAUGAUCCAGAACCUGAAAGGCAAUGUACAUCGUGAGAAAGCCGAAAAGCAGGAUCUCAAGCGCAUGCUUCAAGAGGCUAGAGAUGAGUUGGAGAUUCGAAGAGCCGAGCCGAAUGGGAAGAGGCUGAAAGCAAAAUCACAUACGGAUAUGAGAAGAGCAGGUCGGCCUGGGCUUGGCGCCACCAGGAACAGCAGGACUGAUGUUUUGGUCGAUGACGCCGAGCACGACCCCGAGUGGGAAGAUCACAACGAUGAAGACAAUCCUCGUCAUGAUGUUGGUGUUCGACCAAUCACCCACGAGAGCAUGCCAGGGGCGAGUCGACUCGCGGAAAAUAGUGACGCUUAUCAGACGGCUAAUGAGACAGAGGAUGCUUUUGAGACAGCAAAUGAGCGUGACACUACUGACAACGAUGCUUUCCAGACCGGAGCCGAGAGUUUGGCGGGAGACAGCACGGAUGAGGCCGAAGCGACAGAAACAGAGUCUGGUGUGGCUCGAGGUGGCACUAUGCGAAGCAAGAAACCACAACCUGUCCCAUUUAACAAGCCGGGUGACAGGAGAUCCAUUCAGAGCACUGCAUCAACCUCUGGAGACGACGAAGGACAUGCUCUUCAGACACCAAUUCAGAAUCAGCCACAGCGGUACCGCUUAAAGGUCAACCGCAAUUCUCGUCGGUCGCGGGUGAGCAGCGAAGUCCCAGGUAGUAGUCAACAGUCAACAGCUAGAAAUUCUCCAGGCAGCUUCAUGAACGGAGGUGGUGAAGUAAAUCAAAGUCUGUUCAACGAGCUGGAGAACCUGAGUGGUGAUGAAGAUGGCACGCCAAGCAAGGGAAUUAUCAGCUCACCCAGGUCCACGCAAUCUCUUCGCAGAAAUGUCAGUGGGAAGAGGUCAUCAUCAAGCAUGAGACAAGGUGUAAGUCCGUCAACGUCGGGUCCAAGGCCUAGCACCGUUGUCUAUGCAGGAGGCGCGCCACCGGUCCCUAGAAUGCCCAUGGUCGAUUCCAGUAUGAUGACAGAGCCGAUGGAACCUCCACAGAGUCCCCCAGGUCAAGCAGGGGUAGGUCACGCAAGCCUACGCCAAGCAAGUCCGAGCCCAGAAUCCUCAAGUAUUUUGCCCACGAGUUCCGCAGCGGCCAUCACCAGCAGAAUCUUUGGUAGCACACCCCAAACGCCACAAAACAAGGGUGUCGAAUCACAGCCUGUUAGUGUGUCUAACCUUGGCUCGGAAUCGCGUUCAUCUUCAUCUUCACGACGUCCAGCUUGGGAUCAGCCGCUCCAGAUGUUUGGCACGAUUCCGGGAUUUAAUCAAAGUGCAGAUACAACGCCUUUAUCGACGAGGUCUGCAACAACGCAGGUGCGAGGUGUUUCUGGAGACCUGUCGUCUGAUGAUCAGCGAGCCAGGAAUUUUUCGAGCAAUUCAACUCAGCCUACGGAAUAUUCCGAGUCAACACAUGAUGAUCAAGCCACGACGCCUCCAGGUACGGCUGCCAAGGCUCGGGCUCCAUUGACAUUGUCACCUAUUCAUAGCUUGGAGUCAGUCCCGGUACAGCCUAUCGAGAGAUCCAUGGCAAACGAGUUAAGCCGUACAACUACGUCUGCAGGCCCACCAACUGCAGCUGCAACCUCCGAUACUACCGAAAGCCCGCCCAAGACGGCUAGUACUGGAGGCAUUCUUGGCUCUGUAUUUGGCUGGAAUAAGCGCAAAGCAUCUUCCGGGUCUCAGAUAGCUGAAGACGAGACUCGUCAAGAAGUUGCUGCGAGCAGUAGACCUACCACUAGUGAUUCUAAGCGUCCUCUCCAAGAAGUGCCAGCCAAUACUGUCAAUCGAAACAUGCAGCAGAGCAAUGCCAAGCUGUCACCAGUGGUUGAUCGUGGAGUCCAAACACUAUCGUUUUCCGAUUUGCUGGAAAGUGUUGCGAAGAAACCCAGCAUACCGUCAAUGAGACCCCUUGCUGAUAUAGGAGCUGCCUCUCCCGGCCUCAGUGAAGUUGGCAAAGGAAAGGCACCAGAGCAAUAUUACAAAGACUCACUUGGAAAGUCUUUCAAGCGACCAGUCAGUGCAACAAGCAUGCGUUCGCGAGCAGCCCCGUAUCCUCCGCUGCCUCCAGAUCAUCAAGAAGCUAUUGCUGCUGCUGCGCAAAAGGCGCCCCUCGAUUCGUCAGUGACUCCAACGGGUUCAACAACGUCUAUGGGUCCCCCUCUUGCCCCAGCUUCUGCAUACCCCUCUCGAGCUGCCAGGUCCCGCAACAGUCGACCUCAGACUCCAUCCCAGCAAGGAAUGCCAAGUCCGUCCUCAAGAGGCGGAACGACUCCCAGAGCAGGUCGAUAUUCCACCACCCGAAGCCAAGCGUCUCGCCGAUCUUCGUUCUCUUCUUUUGCUUCUGAACUUGAUGAGCGCUUCAACAUCCGCACCGACGCUGGCAUGCCAAUGCCUCAAGGCCUCCAACCUGGAACUGAUCCCCGCAUGAUCCAGGCAAUUACCCAGACGAUGAUCGGCGAGAUGAUGUGGAAGUACACUCGCAAAGCAGGUCGCGGCGAGAUGUCCUCCACUCGCCACCGCCGCUUCUUCUGGGUUCAUCCAUACACUCGCACACUCUACUGGAGCGACCGAGAUCCGGCUUCCGCCAACCGCGCGGAGCUCAAAUCUAAGAGCGUAGCCAUCGAAGCCGUACGAGUAGUCACAGACGAUAAUCCCAUGCCACCUGGCCUUCACCGCAAAUCUCUCAUUAUAAUCACACCCGGUCGCUCGGUUAAAUUCACGGCGCAAACCUCCCAGCGGCACGAGACCUGGUUCAACGCGCUCUCCUACCUCUUGCUCCGAACCGGCUCAGAUGGCGCCAAUAUAGUCCACAACCCAGGCGACCUCUCUGACGCCGACGUAGCCGAGUUCAAUCCAGGAUCGCACAAUAAACGCUCCUCCCGAUCCCGCAUCUCCCUCUCCAGCUUCCGCAGCUCCGCUACACAGAACAGGCAAGAUUCCAACCGCCUCUCAACACGCAUCCCAACAGGCGCUGCCUCGGGCGGCAACACCCAAAGUCAAGGGCAGCAAACAGAGCCCUCGCCUAACAAAGAAAGCGUACGCAGCCGCAUAGGUCGCAGCCUUUCGCGAAACCGGGGGACCAGAUCCCGACAAGACUCUAUUGCCCCAAACGACACCAAUAACAACACUACCAAUGCUACCGCAGUUUACAACGCUCAAGACAACCAAGGAAGUGUCUCCAGCCGCAUAAGUAGUUACUGGCACAAACCCGCGGCCUCAGUCCGCAGCUCCCUCCGUAGCCGCUCAAGCUUACGUGAUGAUGGACCGCCGGAACCUGGCGUGCUUGAAGGAGGGAGAAAUGUGGUUGGUGGGCGCAUGGGCGACAGCGCAGAGGACUUGAGGAGGGUGAUUGAGAACCAAGAGCAGGGAGGGCGGUUGGAGAAUGUGAGGGCUUGCUGUGACGGUCAACAUGACGUUGGCAGCUUAGCGAAGAACGGACGACAUCACAGCCACGUGGGCUCGACACAUAGCGUGCACAGUCAACGCAGUCAUCGAUCGCCGUCAAAUUCGCUCACGAAUCUGGCGUACAGUUAG